AUGGCACCUCCAUCAUCCCCACCAUCGCCGCUGCCAGUGUCGAAUGGCUGCCUCAUCAUACUAUACGCAUCACAAACCGGUAACGCCAUGGACGUCGCGGAACAUGUAUGCCGUGAAGCUGAGCGUGGUGGCUGUCUGGCCGUUGACGUCCUCUCAAUGGACAUAUUCAAUCCUAGUUGCUUGCCAGAUGAAGGAUUUAUGAUCUUUGUCGAGUCCACCAUGGGGCAGGGUGAUCCCCCUGAUUCCAUGAAGGGUUUCUGGAAAUACCUUCUCCAAAAGCAUCUGGGUGCAUGGUGGCUGGAAGGAUUACAUUAUGCUGUGUUUGGACUUGGUGAUUCAGGAUAUCAGAAAUACAACUUUCCUGCAAAGAAGCUUGAUCAAAGGCUUCUCGAUCUUGGUGCAAAACAAAUUAUAGAGAAAGGCUUAGGGGAUGAUCAACACCCUGCAGGAUAUGAAGGAGCUCUAGAUCCGUGGUUGCAGUCUUUGUGGACAUCACUGCAUGAAACAAAUCCUCUACUGUUACCAAAAAUAACAGAUAUUAUUCAACCUAAUUUGGAUAUUUUGGGGGAUGCAAAGGUUGAAGUCAGAUAUUUCUUGGCUCCAGAGGAUGAAAUUGAAAAAGGCCCAAUUCACCCCCCCUCUUGGUCCAUCGAUCCUUACACACGCUCGAUGUCCCCUACUCUUAAGUUCUACAAUGAUGGAGAGCCACACUACAUGCUACGAAUAGUAACAAAUCAACGUUUGACUAUGGAGGACUCUGAAAGAGAUGUCCGCCACUUCGAAUUGGAAGAUCCAUGCUAUGGCAUCAAUUAUCAAGUUGGUGAUUCUCUAGAAAUUCUACCAACUCAGAAUCCAGCAGCUGUUGAUGUUUUUAUUGAAUGCUGUAAAUUGGAUCCAGAUUGUUACAUAACGAUUGAAGCAAAAGGCAGGAUUGGUAUUCCCAAUUGUUCGAUUAUGAACAGUUCGACAGAUCGCAUCAAGCCGAAGACCUUUGUUGCUUUGACAAUGGAUGUUGCAUCAGCUUCACCUCGUCGAUAUUUCUUUGAGAUCAUGAGCUAUUUUGCAACAGCUGAGUGCGAAAAGAGGAGACUCAAGUAUCUUGCUUCUCCUGAAGGAAUGCCUUUCGAAUCAGAAGGAGAAGAGGAUGACCUCAGCUGGUACAAUCAGAAGGAGAAGAGGACUGUUCUAGAAGUAUUGCAGGGUUUUCCUUCGGUGCAAAUGCCUUUCGAAUGGUUGGUGCAAUUAACGCCUCCUAUAAAGAAAAGAGCCUUUUCCAUAUCAUCAUCCCCACUGGCCUAUCCAAAUCAGAUACACUUGACUGUUAGCAUUGUAUCAAGCCUCACUCCUUUAGAGAGAAAACGGUAUGGUCUCUGCUCAACAUGGCUGGCAGGGCUCCGUCCAAAUAAAGGUGUGUGUUGCUUCUUUUAG